CCUGACGGCACCCGAAGACAAGGAAGCAGCUCUGAAGAGGGGCCAGUUCUUCCUCAGCAGCCGACUGGGUGGGCUUAUGUAGGGGUUUGGGGUAGGGGGUUGGCAUCUGGAGGUGGGGUAAAGGUCAUCUGCAAGUAUCUCCCAGGAUGGCAGGAGUGAACGGAGACCGUAAAGGGAAGAAAGAUGACAAUGGCAUCGGCACAGCCAUCGACUUCAUGCUUUCCAACGCAAAGCUCGUUCUGGGCGUCGGUGGAGCAGCCAUGCUUGGCAUCGCAACGCUGGCUGUCAAAAGAAUGUACGACCGUGCCAUCAGCGCUCCAACCAGUCCCACCAAGAUGGAGCAGAAAGGAAAGCGAAGCUGGGAGGAGCCCGUCUGGGUGGGUUCUUCGCCUCGGGUUCUGAACCAUGACAUGAAGGCCACUGUUAGCAGGUCACUCCAGUCCCUGCCCACCUCCUCAAAUUCAACGGAAUCAGACUGUCUGCGGAGGGCUAUGAGUCGAGCUGCUGUCAAAGACAGCGGCCCCACUCAGUCCGACCUGCUGCGUGCUCGGAUGCGUCUGUCCCUGCAGGAGCGCCUGUGGGAGUUCUACCAGAACAACGUAGACAUUCCCACGGAGGAGCAGGCUCUGGCCCGUAGGGCGGCGCUGGACAUCUGUGCCGAGCUGCGAGUGUUUCUCCACGCCAAACUGCCCGACAUGCCUCUCAGAGAGAUGUACCUAAGCGGCAGCCUCUACGAUGAUCUACAGGUGGUGAUGGCAGACCACGCCCAGCUCAUGGUGCCUCUAAUUCUGGACAAAAACCUGUGGUCGUCCAUACCGGGAGAGGACACCAUCAUGAACGUCCCAGGUUUCUGGCUAGUCCGCAGAGAGAAUUUAGAAUAUUUCCCACGUAACAGCAGCUACUGGGACCGCUGCAUGGUCGGAGGAUACCUGUCUCCUAAGUCAGUCCUGGACGUGUUUGACAAGAUGGUGGGUUCUAUCAACUGGCCGGCUAUAGGCAGCGUCCUGGACUACGUCAUCCAUCCCGUGGUCCCUUCGGAGACGCUCACCCUGGAGGUUCAGUACGAGCACGACCGAAAGCUUUCCGUGGACUUUCUCCCGUUACUCGUAAUGGAGGACGGAACCUCGCUGAUAGCUAAACCGCAUCGGCUGGCCGCCGAGCGCCACCAGAACCUGUGGCGGCAGAGCUUCCGCGUGGCCGAGACGGCACGGCUCAGAGCCUUGGAUCAAGAAGACGGAGGCUACCGGUGCGCGUGCCUCAAGGUGGCUAAGGCGGUGUGCAAGCUCAACCCUGCCCUCAACCGGCUCAACGCCAGCCAGCUCACCAACGCCAUCUUGCUGCUGAGCGAGAAGCAAAGUGACUGGACCCACGAGGCGCUGGCGGACAACUUCCUUCAGCUGCUGAAGGAGCUGGUGGGUCACUUGGAGGCGGGCCGACUGCCCUGCGCCCUCAACCCAAAGGUUAACUUGUUCUGUGAGCUGACUGAACAGGAAGUGGACGAGCUGGGAUACAUGCUGUACUGUACCCUCUCAGACCCCGAAUCACUUCUGAGGACUGCGGCCACGCACCUGCCGCAUCCAUCAACGUGUCCAGGAGAUCUGAUGGACUCUCGACGGAAGAACGUGGGCAGAGUACUGGAGACUAGGCCAGAUGGAGGAGGUCUGGUCCGGUCAGUCAAGCUCCAAACAAAGACUUCAGUCAUCGAAAGGCCUAUCACCAAGCUGUGCCGCAUCCUGGAGGCUGAGGGCUGACUGGUCAGUCUCGGAGACCAGACCACAAGACACGCACAAGGGACGUAAUGUAUAUACUUUAUUUUCUCUCAAGGCUUUGCCUUUUUGUUUAUUAUGGAAUAGGCUCCUUUUUUCAUAUAAAUUAAUGGAUGUGAUUGAGUCUGUAAAGAUCAACCAGGGGCCUGUGUGUAGGAGCCUAAUAGAGAGCCAUAUUUGAAUCCAUGUUUAUUUUAUUAUUUUUGAGUGAUUGAUGUGUGUAUGUCAGUGCACCCUUUGCAGGUGGUGAAAAGUUCCCACGCAGGCCUAUAAGGGGCAGGAGCGUGCUGGGCGCGUGAUUGGCAGUCGGGCACCAGCAUACCGUCUUUGACCUCACCUGUCUGUAGACCUCGGCUUUAUAUAGGCUACCUUUUAUUUUGUUUCCCGAGUAUUCUGUUCCUUGAUUUUUGUAAAUAAAAUUAUCUUCAAUCGGCUGCUGGAUCAGUUUGAAUUACUGGAUGGAUAGCGGGAAAAGGAACAAUACGUGACAAGAAAGGCUGUGGAUGGUGUGAGUCAGACAAGAUGCCCGCGCCCCAAGUGGAACAAACAUUUGAACAAAGGGGUUAUAGGAACAAUCACUUUCAGUGUUUUAUGCCACUUCAGAGAAAAAGUGGAUGACAUUCAUUUAAUUAAAAAACAAAAUCAUCAAACAUGACAGUGUGUGUCACUAUCUUAGAGAAGCAAUUUGAACGCAUCACUGCAAAAUUCAACAAAAAAAACAAGUUCAACCUUAAAGUUAACCUGUAGGUUUCUCCUCUCUUCUGUCCGCCAUUUUACUCCCCACCCUGCUUCUUCCUCUUUGUUACUUUUGGCGGACGGCCCCAUGGCAUAUAACAGUAGCUCUGACGGCCUUGGAUUGACUCAGCAGCGCCACAUGUCGCUGUAGAGUGCAAAUUGCAGGUGCAAGUGUGUGAAUGGCGCCAGGGUGAAUAUUACUGCCAACAGUUUUAACUUGAGGAAACUUGUUUUUAUACUUACGAAUCUUUUUUUUUUUUUGAUUGAAGGAAAUUGUUCUUGUACUUGUGAAUAAAUGUUUUAACCUCUUAAGGCCCAA